AUGUUCGACGUGGGCGGUCAGCGCAGCGAGCGAAAGAAGUGGAUUCACUGUUUUGAAAAUGUUACAUCGAUUAUUUUCUGCGUGGCAUUGAGUGAAUAUGACCAAGUAUUGCUGGAAGAAAGCAACCAGAAUCGGAUGAUGGAGAGCCUGGUACUUUUUGAUUCCGUCGUUAAUUCUCGGUGGUUUAUGCGAACGAGUAUCAUUCUCUUCCUAAACAAAGUCGAUCUUUUCCGACAAAAGCUUCCCCGUUCACCUCUGAGCACCUACUUUCCGGAUUACUCCGGUGGCAACGACGUCAAUCGCGCUGCCAAAUAUCUUCUAUGGAGGUUCAAUCAGGUCAAUCGAGCGCACCUGAAUCUCUACCCUCAUCUGACGCAGGCAACCGACACCACGAAUAUUCGCCUAGUUUUCGCGGCUGUCAAAGAAACGAUCCUACAGAAUGCCCUGAAGGACUCGGGUAUCUUAUAG